AUGUCUGCGUCAAUUUCUGCUGAUCAGUCGAUAACUAGUGAAGACAUCACAUCAUCCGAGUAUUUCCCCGAUUCUGUAGAUAUAUCCACAUCAACGUUACCUACCAUUAGUACUAGUAACAAUACUACCAAUUCUACUAGUACACCAUCACCGACAGCAACCACAACAAACACAGUGAAUUCAACUUCAACAAAAAGGAAUGCACAUGGGCAACAACCACCACAGCAAGCAUCCCGACAGUCUACAAACACCUCGGUACGACCACCGUAUCAAACUGAUACGGAACCGCCACGUGGAGUUAAUUUUAAGGUUAUAUUUCACCCUGGCUUACAUGUGGAUCAUAGUGGAAAAUAUGGGAACAGGAAAGUGUACCGUUUAAACGGUCAAGUGGGGCCUCAUGAAUCGCCAAUUAUAUUGACGGACCCAAGACUGACUACCACACAAAGAAAGCCUCGACUAAGGCAAGAAUUAAAGCAGGGACUGGAAUUAACGGAAUUUCUGUAUGAUAAAAAUUCACGCGGUCCUCCACCACCCACUUCAGUCCUCCUCUCUAAUCUACCGGUGAUGAAAGAAAGCACGAUCAAGGCCAUGUUCCUAGAAUAUGGUCGAGAUCUGGAUAUACGAUUAGAGAAUCAUCCGAUUACCGGCGGGUUUAUAGGUUUGGCGAGGAUUACAUACGUAGGAGAAAAUCCGAGAACUGCUGCACGAAGGGCUGUCGAAAAAGGAAAUGGACGGCGCAUAGGUAGUAAUAAUGUGGUGGUUGAAUUUGACCCAGAUGGGUCCAAAUUAAGACAAUCAGUAGAUGCAUUACUGCUCAAACAAAAAUUAACUACGAUACAACAAAGUAACACUUCAUCUUCACAUCAAAACAACACUACCAACACUACAUCAUCGUUAUUAUCACAGCAGAAACAAAGAGAAAUCACACCAUCAUCACAUAACAAUGACGAUGACAUGGAGAUUGGCGAUGCUCCAACACCUCCAUCAAUAUCACAGUUGCCACCUCCAUCUUAUCCAUACAUAAUACCUUCUUCUACUGUGCCUCCCAUCCAAAGAAUGAACGGACCACCCCCUGUUUUAUACCCUAAUAGCCUGCCGAUGACACCAAACAGAUUCUAUCCGCAGAAAGGACCAUCUGAGCGACCAUUCCAUACUUCGACUUCAUCUCCUAUUAACACGAAGCCUUAUACCAAGCAUGAACCAAAUUCAUUUUACCAUUACAAUAUUCCAGCACAACCAAACAGCAAUAAUAGCAGAUCAUCAACACAAGACAUGUAUUCAUCACGAUCAAAUAACUAUUCUAGGAAACAAAAACCACCCUUGCCAACUACAUCUAAUACAUUCGAACCCCUGCCACCACCUCUGCCACAAACCGAUAAAAGAUACCCAUUAACAAGACCGGUAGCUAACGAUUAUAAAGCGUCUUACUCGUAUCCUGAUGAUGAGAAAGAGGAUGGCGAAAUUGAUCCAUACUAUGAUGAUGAUAGAAGACAUGAUCGAUAUCGACAUCAACCGACAACUUCGCGUCCUAGAUCACGGGAAGAUGAUUUACAUAUAUACGGAAAUGACAUUAGAGAUCGCUAUAGAAGAGACCUUGAUUACUCUGCACGUCCACGGGUGAAUGAUGAUUGGUCUCGUGACAACAACUAUAAACACCCGCCUCCGCCGCCUCCUGUUAAUCGAAGUCGAAAUCCGUCAGAGCCUAGUUUUAGUCGAAAUGGAAGUCGCAGUAGUAGAACAAGAGAACAUAAGGAACCUUCUAAUAAUAAACGCGCUAAAGAUCGUCCUCCGCAUCAACCGCCAGACGUGUCUCAGAUUUUGCAGCAGUCCACAAAAAUACUCAUUAGCGAAUUAUCCGAAGUUUUUCAAAAGGAUUUAAAGAAUAAGGUGGUCGGAAAAUUCAUUUUCGAUUAUCUCACACCAAAGAUCCAAGAGCGAAAACAACAGCGAUUGGCGAAAUUAAAAUCCAAGAACGAGGAGAAAAAGCAGCAGCCAGAAAUGAGAGCUAGAGAAUUUUCUGAACUCGGGCCUUUCGAAUCAAAAUAUUCAAUGUUGCAUGGAACAAAGCUGAAUGGGAAUGGAUUGCGGGAUUAUGAUUUGAAGUUUCGAAUGGGUGAUAGUGAUUUCCGAGAUCGAAGGUCCGGUUAUAAUAAAGAUCAAAACCAGUCUUCGAUUACUACUACCAUCGGUGGCAUGAAUAACAAUAAAAGACCACACCCAAGCUCUAAAUACGACAACAACCGGUCUAACAAAAAGAUUAACAGUAGAAAAUCUCCUCCACACAAACGACCAGCUUUCGAGUUCACAGAUUCUGAGAACGAAGACGGACAAGGAGAAAAGAGCGAAGAUUUGGCCACUUGUUCCAAUAAACAAGAAGCGUCAUCGAGCUCUGAAGAAGGAGAGAUACAUACAGACGAUGAACUAUUUCCUGAAAAUCAAAAAUCUCCCCCUAAACAAGAAUCACUCGAAAAACCCAAACAUACGCCGUUUAAAGUCGAAAAACCACGUCAUCAACAACAAAGAUUACGUGAUUAUUUGAGCGAGGAUGAUGACUCGGAUUCUAAUGAUUUUCUAGAGGAGUUCAAUAAACAUGAAUCUCAACGAGAACAAGAAAAUCAUUCCCCUGCUGAUGAAGAGCUAAUGGAUGUCGAUAAAAAUGAACUUUUGACUGAUGAUAUCAUUGAUAAAGUAGAUCGUCUGCCGAAGAGAAAAAAGAGACGUCUAUCGAAUCAAUCGUCAAAAGCUGCACCUACAGCAAGGCGGCUUACGAAAGAUAUUGAUUUCACCAGCAGCGAGAGCGAACACGAAGAGGAACCUGAAUUAAAACAUAAGAACGAUGUCGCUGCUACGUCUACCAAGAAGAUCGUUAUUCCUAUGAUCAAAGUCAAUAAUGAUAACAUUAACAAUAGUAUUGAGAAGAAGGAACAACCACAAAAACAAGAAACAACAGAAACAAAGACAUUAGUUAUUACACAUACCGGUGGUAAUAGUAGUAAUAUUAUUAAAAAAAAAUCUUUAAUUCAUCCGAAAAAUAAAUCAAUAAUUCCUGCCAUCAAAGCAGAAGAGGUGAAAUCGAUCAAAUCAGAAGAAAAUAACGAACCAACGCCGAUGAUUACUGAUGAGAGCGAAAAAAGUAACUCAGAAAGUGAUCAUGAGGAUAGAGACGAAAUCGAUUCAGAGCCCGACGUUGAAUUUACCGAUGUAGUUCCAAUGAACAAAGAUGCUUACGAAUCGGCAGAGGACUCGGAAUUCGAUGAAGAAGAAGCUGAAGAAACUUCAUCUCCUGACGAAAUCUUUGACGAAGAGGAUUAUACAUUCUUAGAAAUAGUUGUCAAAGAAUUUGAGCAAGAUCCUGCCGUGUAUAUCAAUGACUCUAUUGGCGCGAUCAAUUAUGAUCCCAUCGGUAUGGAUUAA